GUGAUUCACUUUAGGAGACUCACUUUCUUGCGUUCUGAACUUUAAGCCCACUGCACUAGAGUCACACACACACACACACACCCUCGGUCAGAGAAUGCUCACGAAAGGGUGGAGUCGGUGCAGUGGGACUACAGUCUGCACGAGGGGACUUGAUGAUCCGGGAAGAAUCCAAGGAGAGGUUUCCAGGGAAUUACGCAGCGUCAAACUAUACACCGGGAUGUGUUUUAGUCUAAUCCUGCUUUGAAAUCACAUCCUGUGCUAAUUCCUGUAAUCUGACUUGUAUUUGGACAUAUCUAGAAGAAGCUGCUGGUUUAUUUGCAGUCAUGGAGCGUCCUACGUUGGCCCUGUCGCGUCUUCAGUUGGAGCCACGAGCCGCGCGUAAAAGCGAGUGGCUCCGGAGCGCCCUGGUCCAUCACCACUGCCCCGAUCUCGGCGUGGAAAACGAAAUCGUCGUCUUGGCCACUGGAAUAGACCAAUACCUACAGGAGGUGUUCCACCACCUGGCCUACCCCAACCGGGACGAUACCGUGUCGGCGGAGGAUUUCACAGCGCUGUGCGUCGUGCUGGGACUCACUAGAGGAAAGAGGACGGCGAAAGGAAGGAAAGGGACUGGAGCUGAAGAAGAUGAAGAGUUUCGGGAUGUGUAUUCUGGCCUGCCCCGCCAGCUGUCCUUUAAAGACUUCCACUCGCGGCUCUGUGGGUAUUUCCGCGUCCGCAGUGCUCGUAGAGGUACCGGGGAGUGUGCCUGGCGCCUGCCCGUUGCUGAGGACACGGAGCUGGUGGAGCGACAGAUCCGCCUCCGGUGGCCGCGAGUCAGACGGCGGAAAUGUGAGCUGACCAGGGAUCAGCAUGAACGGAACAGCUCAAUUAAAGUUGGAACAGCAGAAGACCGCGAGUCAGAUGUGGUGGUAGCUCUGAGAGAGCUGGUGGAGGACCUCCGCUCAGCGCUGCAGGGGAGUGACGCUCGCUGCCUGGCCCUGGAGGUGGCCCUCAGACGGGGCAGGAGCACCAUCCCUUCUCCAUCCAGCUUCAACUCAACUGCUUUAACUCCCGCGACCUCCACCACCCUUGUACAGGGAAAACUGGUACCAACACGCAGAAUCAAAGGACAGUGCAGUAGAGCUGGAGGAGACAGGGCGAUGAAGGAGGCGAGGAGACGGGACAUCAGGGACCCCCUUCUGAGGGAGCUGAAGCUGAUCCGCUCCUCACGCGAUGGGCAGCUGGAGGAGGCCAUCAAAUUCAAUGAGUGUUUGGAGGAGGAGCUGCGGUGGGUGUACCAGGAGGUGCGCAAGCUUCAGGGGGUGAAAUCUGCACUUAGGAAGGAGAAUGCUCAGAUCAGGAGGCGGGCGCAGGAGGCCAGGGAGGCUCUGAGCUUGGGGCUUCAGAGGGUUCAGAUGAUCCAGGAGGAGGCUCAGUCUGUCCCGCAGCUGCAGGCCAGGAUCACCCAGCUGGAGGCUGAACUCCAGCAGUACAGAUCCUGCUGCACCUGCGUCCCCGAGCCCGCCCAUCAGCAAGCUGACCCACUCGGAGCAGAAGACGCCUGCAGCAAGACAGAGUGUCUGCAGAGAGCAGUGGAGGGGAGAGCUGCCUCUGAUGAAGAGGAGGACGACAGAGGGAUGAGGGAGGAAGGACAGUGCGUCUGUUGGAGAUGUCAGAACCACCGGCUUUCCUCUCACAUUCACCUGCAUGAGAAAAACCCCACCAGCAGGGGGCGCUGCAGCUGGAGACAACAGCAAGAGCAGCCAAAGGACAGCAGAGGCUUCGACAAAGACAAGGUGUCCCGCAGGGUCCCGGGGAAGACUGUGGUAGACGAUCUGGAUGUGUGCAGUAGGAGUGGAGAUGGUCCGCCUCAGGUCCUGCAGGUACCUGAUGCCCUCUGUGCCCAACUGUCCUCCUGGCAUCUCCUUGGCAGCGGAGGGGGUGAUGAAGAGCCAACGAUCUACCUAACCUAG